UUCAACUGAUAACAUUAUAAAACCAACCAGCAGCUUCAAGUUAUGAAAUACCGACCACCAGCACUUCCCAAGGUACGUUCCACCCAAAAAAACCCGCGAAACCCACCUCUAAAAUGUCCAAAAUAGCCCCAACAACAUUUUUCCAAAUCCUUCUCUCCAUAUUCGCCCUCCCACUCCUCAUCCUGCCCUUGCAUGGAAACUCCCAAUCUAUUGAUUCAGAACAAACAAUCCUACUCAGACUCAAACGACACUGGUCCAAUCCACCCUCCAUCAACCACUGGACACCAUCACCACCAAACUCCAACUCCUCCACCCACAGUAAUUGGCCUGAGAUCACCUGCUCCAAUGGCUCCGUCACCGGACUUUCCCUCAUCGACAAAACCAUCACCAGGUCAAUCCCACCGUUCAUUUGUGACCUCAAAAACCUCACCACCAUUGAUCUCCAGUACAAUUACAUCCCCGGACCCUUCCCUACGGCUCUCUACAACUGUACCAAGCUUGAACAUUUAGACCUCUCCCAAAACUUGUUCGUGGGCUGCAUUCCAGGCGAUGUUGACCGGUUGUCGACUCAUCUCCGGACCUUCAACCUCAGCGGCAACAACUUCACCUGCGAUAUCCCAGCAGCCAUCGGGCGGUUCCCCGAGCUCACAAACCUUCGGCUUUUUCUAAAUUUGUUUAACGGCUCUUUCCCGCCAGAAAUUGGCAACCUGUCAAGGCUCGAAUGGCUGGAGCUGUCGGACAAUGAAUUUGCGCCGAUGGUGAUACCAUCCACCUUUACCCAGUUGAGGAAACUAAAACAACUAUUGAUCAAAGGUUCAAGUUUGAUCGGUGAAAUCCCGGAAACAAUUGGGAAUUUAGCAGAGCUCGAGGAAUUGGACUUGUCAAACAAUAACUUGACUGGUACAAUUCCGAGUGGUUUGCUUCUGCUGAAGAAUUUAACAAUAGUAUAUCUCUACAAAAAUCACUUGUCUGGGCCAAUUCCUCAGCCCAUUGAAGCUUUGAAGAUGGAGGAAUUCGAUUUAUCCGAAAACAACUUAACAGGAACAAUUUCGGAUGAUUUUGGUACACUAACAGAGUUGUCAGUUUUGUCUCUAUUUUCCAAUCAACUCUCGGGGGAGAUACCGGAAAGCAUUAGUCGCCUCCCGUCACUGAGAUAUUUAACAUUGUCCAGCAACAAUCUCUCUGGAACGUUGUCACCGGACUUGGGGCUAUAUUCCAUUCUUCAGGGGUUUGAAGUCGCCCAGAACCAUUUCACUGGUAAGGUGCCGGAGUACUUGUGCGCUAAUGGUGGACUAAUAGGAAUUGCGGCAUAUGAUAACAAUUUGAGUGGUGAAUUGCCUAACUCACUUGGCAAUUGUUCGAGUUUGUUGAUUGUUCGGGUUAAUGGUAAUCGCCUUUCUGGCAGUAUUUCAGCUGGUCUCUGGACAUCAACCAAUCUGACAUUGUUGAUGCUUAGCGAUAACUCCUUUACUGGUCAGCUUCCAAGAACACUUGCCCCAAGUUUAAUACGACUCGAGAUCAGUAAUAACAAGUUUUCCGGUGAAAUUUCAACUGGGUUGUCUUCUUGGAAGCAUUUAACAGUGUUCAGUGCAAGUAACAACCUCUUUGUUGGUACAAUUCCCCAAGAAUUGACAACACUUUCUGAAUUGACAACUCUGCUGCUCGAUGGGAAUCUAUUUUCCGGUCAUCUUCCAUCAGAUAUUGUCUCAUGGAUGUCGCUGACCACUCUGAAUCUCAGUCGAAACCAACUCUCGGGUUCAAUUCCUGCCAAACUUGGUUCUUUACUAAAACUCACUGAUUUGGACUUGUCAAGGAAUGAGUUCUCAGGUCAAAUUCCAACUCAGAUUGGCCUUUUAAAGCUAACUUCCCUCAAUUUGUCUUCCAACUGUCUCACUGGAAAAAUCCCAGCUGAGUUUGAAAAUAAUUUUUUCAAUGCCAGCUUCUUGAACAACACCGGUCUUUGUGCAAGCAAUCCAUCACUCGGCCUUGAGAUCUGCUCUUCUAGAUUUGAAAACUCGAGCAAAAUAUCCUCCAGGCUUCUCGCUAUAAUCAUAGGUAUAGCAACAGUCUUACUUGCAUCAGCUAUGCUAUUCACAUUCUUCCUAAUUAAAACUUGCAGGAAAAAGGGCCCCGAAUCGGAUUCCAAGUGGGAGCUCACUUACUAUCAGAAAUUGAAUUUGAGUUUCAAAGAGUCAGACAUUUUGUCAAAUUUGACUGAAAAUAAUGUGAUCGGAAGUGGUGGAUCGGGAAAAGUAUAUCGUGU